GUGGAAGGCCCCGCAGGGCUGGGCGUUGCGAUGUCGAGGGGAGACGCCAUUGGUUCGGCCGAACAACUGGAAGAUUAAUACAGUCACCUGAAGACGGGACCGCAGACAAAUUCAGUCCACGUCUCAAAUCCGAUUUCCCUGAUUUCUACUUUAAUAUUAUCUUCCCAUCUACGCCUAGGUCUUCCGAGUAGUCUGUUCCCUUCAGCCUUUCCAACAGAAAUUUUGAACGCAGUUCUCAUCUCCAUGCCCUCUCACCCCCUCUGAGCUCUCAGUGGCCACGGAGCGUAGUUCUGGGAGGCAGUGAGUCUGCGCAACCAGCAGGAUGGCGUCCUCUCAGGGUCUUGGCCUUGGAAUAACAUCCGACAGCCACUCUAGCUCGUUCGUCGACACACAAUGUGCUACUUCAUAUUCUGCAAGGGAAGGAAAGUUUGCCGGUUUUUGGAUGUUCUUCGCGAACAUCCAAUCAGCUGGGUUCAAUUCGACAACCGCAAAAUAGAUGAGAAUGAAACUUGUUGUGAGCUUCAUUGCCGUUCGUUCUGUAUUUUUAAAAUUAAAAAUGACCUACGUGUCUUUACAGGUGACCCCACCGUUUUCGGCAACUUGAAGCCGCCUGUGGAAGUGAUCGACGCCGUGCAGGAGUGCCUCACGUCAUUCAGGUACAACGGAUAUGCACCCAGUACAGGAUACCAAGAGGCACGAGACGCAGUGGCCCAGUAUUCUUCAGAAGGAGUGACAGUGAAUCCUCAGGACGUGGUGCUGUGCAGUGGCUGUUCCUGUGCCCUGGACCUCUGCAUCACCGUACUCGCCAACGCGGGGCAGAAUAUUCUGGUUCCGAGACCGGGCUUCUCAAUAUACAGGACUCUCGCAGAAGGUCUUGGGAUUCAGGUCAAAUUCUACAAUUUAAGGCCAGAGUGCGGCUGGGAGGUCGAUACAGCACAUCUGGAGGAGCAGAUAGACGCCUCCACCGCGGCGCUGGUGGUGAACAACCCGUCAAACCCCUGCGGCUCCGUGUACAGCCGUCAGCACCUGCAAGAGAUCCUGAGAGUGGCGCAGGCAAAGUUCGUGCCAAUCAUCGCAGACGAGAUUUACGAGCACAUGGUGUUCCCCGGGCAGACAUUCCAUUCCUUGGCAUCAGUUUCCGAGGAUGUGCCAAUUCUGUCCUGCAGCGGUCUUACGAAAAGGUUCUUGGUUCCUGGAUGGAGAAUGGGCUGGAUCAUUAUACACGACAGACACGGGAUCUUCGAGGAAUCAGGAGUACGCGUUGGACUCCAGCGUUUGAGUCAGAGGAUAAUCGGUAGUAAUACGCUGAUCCAAGGAGCUCUAGCUGGCAUCUUAACAAGGACUCCACAGAAGUUCUUCGAGGACACAGUCAACACAUUACAGUGUCAUGCGAAGAUUGCAUAUGAAAUGCUGAGCAUGGUAAAAGGAUUAACUCCAGUAAUGCCCAGCGGAGCGAUGUACAUGAUGGUAUGCGUAAACAUGGCCCAGUUUCCCGAGUUCCAGUCGGAACUGCACUUCGUCGAGCAAAUGGUCACCGAGGAGUCAGUUUUCUGUCUUCCGAGCAAGUGCUUCGACUACCCCAAUUACAUACGCCUGGUGCUGACAGUCCCGGAAGAACAGUUACGAGAAGCCUGUCAGAGGAUCGCAGACUUCUGCGAGAGGCACCACAGCCACAGCCCCAACACUAACGCGCACGCGCGCAUCUCCGACAAACUGACCAACUACAGCACUGCCCACGCAUUGAUCACUGUGAAGGAAGACGGAAUACGACCUUGACGAUGUGGCGUUUCAGAAUCAAUACGGCACGUGCAUUCAUGUUGGUGCAGAUUUUUAAACCAGAACUCAGUUCAGAGACAAACUUCAUUCUGAUACCGCUCGAGAUACAGUACCUGUCGUGUUAGUCCCACGUCUAUUUCUGAAGGUUUCUGUCUUCUGGGUUGUUGCGCUGUGUAGAUCGCCCUGAUGACGGAGGCAGUAUGACCUCCGAAACGUUGGUAAACAUCGACCAGACUACACAGCGCAACAACCCAGAAGACAGAAAUCUUCAUACUCACAGCUGUGAAAACCUCAAAUCUUACAUGGUCUAUUUCUACUCACAUUCAUAUGAAAACUGUGCAAUAUUAACAGCAUUCCUUUGUGCACUGCGUUUGGCUUGUGGACUACAAGAGCACGCAUUAACAUUGAGUGUGGACACUUCAGAGGGUGUCCAUUGCUCUCACCACAAAAUACAUUUUGAGGUAAACUGAAUCGGACCUUAAUAUUCUCAAUAAUAAACGAACAGUUCACAUUCUUUGUUCUUCCAUGUCGCACACAAUUUUUAAGCACAACAGUUUGUCCCAAAUUGUGUGGAAGUUGCAACGAAAAAUGCUACAUGGAAAUAACAUCAGAGACCAAAGACUGAAUGUUAAAAAUGGGAGUUACAGUCCUGAAUAAAGAUUUUUUUUGUGAUUGUGACCCUUUCUGGCUAUAUAAAUAUAAAACAGUCGUCAAAGAAGUCCUACCAAAUGUUUAAAAUAAUGUGCAAUAAUUGCUGUAAUUCUGUUCAGGUGUCACGCGCCUAUGCGUACAAUUGCCAAUAAUUAUAUUCUGAUAACACAACAAUAAGAAUACGAUUUUUCCUUGGUUUGAACUAAGUAAAGCUCAGAAUAACCACUGUUACACACUUUUCUAGGAUGAAUAAAAAUACAGGAAAUAAA